UCUUUUAUUUUAACAACUGCACCUAUAAAUUUGCCUUCUCUCUUCCACGAAGCAGGAACUGAAGAGAAAUGCUUUGGCAGUCAUGGGAGAAACCUACAGAGAACAAGAAGCCCCACUCUUGUAUUCGCAGAAGGCAGAGUCUACCCUCAACAGAACUGGGACGGUAUGGACAGCAGUGGCACAUAUUAUCACGGCAGUGAUAGGAUCAGGAGUGCUAUCUCUGGCAUGGAGUCUGUCUCAGCUUGGGUGGAUUGCAGGUCCUGUAGCUAUGUUGGCUUUUGCAUCAAUCACCCUCAUUUCUGCAUUCCUUCUCUGCAACUGUUAUAAAUCUCCUGAUCCUGAACAUGGGCCUACAAGAAAUCGCACCUACCUUGAUGCGGUUGAGAUGAAUUUGGGUAAAAAGGCAGCCAGGGUUUGUGGCAUUUGCGUACAUAUAGGCUUGUAUGGAUUUACAAUUGCUUACACUGUUACAUGUGCUAUUAGUAUGAGAGCGAUUAAGAAAUCCAACUGUUACCAUAAAGAAGGGCAUGGGGCUGCAUGUGACUAUGGAGACACGCUGUAUAUGAUACUAUUUGGAGUGUUCCAAAUUUUAUUGUCACAAAUACCAGAUUUUCAUAAUAUACAAUGGCUAUCGAUUGUUGCUGCGAUAAUGUCUUUCGCCUAUUCUUUAAUUGGAUUUGCACUUGGUUUUGCUGCUGUAACAGAAAAUGGCCAUAUUAAAGGUAAUAUUUGGGGAGCAUCCACCUCUUCUGCAGCUGAGAAAGUAUGGUUAAUAUCUCAAGGACUUGGGGAUAUUGCUUUUGCCUAUCCAUUUUCACUGGUUCUUAUCGAUAUACAGGACACUUUGAAAUCACCUCCAGCGGAAACAGAGACAAUGAAGAAGGCCUCCACAAUUUCACUUGUUAUUUCUACCGCCUUCUACCUUCUCUGCGGUGGCUUUGGAUAUGCAGCAUUUGGGGAGAAUACACCGGGGAAUCUCUUGACAGGAUUCGGGUUCUAUGAACCAUAUUGGCUUAUUGACUUUGCUAAUGCCUGCAUUGUGGCUCACCUUCUUGGAGGAUAUCAGCUCUAUAGUCAGCCGCUGUUUGGAAAUGUGGAGAAAUGGUUUGUUGAGAAGUACCCAAACAGCAAAUACGUAACAGAUGAUAUCAACCUGAAGCUCCCGCUGUUACCUGGUUUUCGAUUAAGCCUCUUUAGAUUGUAUUUCCGGAGCCUUUUUGUCGUAUCAACAACAGCAAUUGCAAUGAUCUUCCCUUACUUCAACCAGAUAAUUGGAGUCUUGGGCGGGUUUAUUUAUUGGCCCCUGUCUAUAUAUUUUCCUGUGGAAAUGUACUUCAAGCAGAAAAACAUUGAAGCUUGGACAACAAAGUGGAUCGUUCUUCGGACUUUUAGCUUAGGUUGCUUGCUCAUCACAAGCUUUGCCUUGAUUGGGUCCAUUGAAGGAUUAAUAGCUGCAAAACUGAGUUAAUGAACUGUAUUCAUUCCCUCAUAUUCGGAAGGGAGAAAAAAUGCAAACUAAUGCAUUUUUCUGUGUAGGCAACUCUAGAUUUUUCUAUAAGGUUGCCAAUAUUUAUCAGGAUUAUAGAGGACCUUCAGCAUUGUAAAGUUUGAGCAGCUACUAGAAUAAACUUGAAUGUCUUGUUUUUUGUUUGCUUUUCAACUGUUAACCACCCCUUUACUUCCCAUGAAUUAUGAGAGUGUAGCCCAAGGACAUCAUUUUGGGUCUUGUAACUGGUGACUUUUGGGCCCUGCUAGACAUGUUAAUUGUUAUUGUUAAGACUUGAACUGCCACAAUAAUUUUUAUAGGCCAUUGCCACAAAUUCCAGUUAGCUAUCUC